AUGGUACUCUCCAGACAGCGAGACAGCUACACGAUGGGAUUUUCUAUUAUCCUUUUGGCUCUAAUCAUCAGUGCAUGUUCCGGAGCCGAAGAUGUACUACUACGACAACAACAGAAGCUACGACAACAACUGAAGCUACGACAACAACUGAAGCUACGACAACAACUGAAGCUACGACAACAACAACUGAAGCUACGACAACAACUGAAGCUACGACAACAACUGAAGCUACGACAACAACUGAAGCUACGACAACAACAACUGAAGCUACGACAACAACUGAAGCUACGACAACUGAAGCUACGACAACAACUGAAGCUACGACAACAACUGAAGCUACGACAACAACUGAAGCUACGACAACAACAGAAGGUCCUACAACAACAGAAGGUCCUACAACAACUACAGAAGGUCCUACUACAACAACAACAGAAGCUACGACAACAACUGAAGCUACGACAACAACUGAAGCCACGACAACAACAGAAGCCACGACAACAACAGAAGCUACGACAACAACUGAAGCUACGACAACAACAGAAGGUCCUACAACAACAGAAGGUCCUACAACAACAACAACAGAAGCUACGACAACAAGUGAAGCUACGACAACAACUGAAGCUACAACAACAACUGAAGCUACUACAACAACUGAAGCUACAACAACAACAGAAGGUCCUACAACAACAGAAGGUCCUACAACAACUACAGAAGGUCCUACUACAACAACAACAGAAGCUACGACAACAACUGAAGCUACGACAACAACUGAAGCUACGACAACAACAGAAGGUCCUACAACAACUGAAGCUACUACAACAACAGAAGGUCCUACGACAACAACAGAAGGUCCUACAACAACUACAGAAGGUCCUACAACAACAACAGAAGCUACGACAACAACAGAAGCUACGACAACAACUGAAGCUACGACAACAACUGAAGCUACAACAACAACAGAAGGUCCUACAACAACUACAGAAGUCCUACGACAACUACAGAAGGUCCUAUAACAACAGAAGGUCCUACGACAACAACAACAGAAGGUCCUACGACAACAGAAGGUUCUACGACAACAACAACAGAAGGUCCUACAACAAUAACAACAGAAGGUUCUACUACAACAACAACAGUAGGUCCUACUACAACAACAACAGAAGGUCCUACGACAACAGAAGGUUCUACUACAACAACAACAGAAGGUCCUACGACAACAGCAACAGAAGGUCCUACUACAACAACAACAGAAGGUCCUACGACAACAACAACAGAAGGUCCUACGACAACAGAAGGUCCUACUACAACAACAACAGAAGGUCCUACAACGACAACAACCGAAGGUUCUCCGACAACAACAACAGAAAGUUCUACUACAACAGAAGGUCCUACUACAACAACAACAGAAGGUCCUACGACAACAACAACAGAAGGACCUACGACAACAGAAGGUCCUACAACAACAGAAGGUCCUACAACGACAACAACAGAAGGUCCUACUACAACAACAACAGAAGGUCCUACUACAACAACAACAGAAGGUCCUACGACAACAACAACAGAAGGUCCUACAACGACAACAACAGAAGGUCCUACUACAACAACAACAGAAGGUCCUACGACAACAGAAGGUCCUACUACAACAACAACAGAAGGUCCUACAACAACAGAAGGUCCUACUACAACAACAACAGAAGGUCCUACAACAACAGAAGGUCCUACUACAACAACAACAGAAGGUCCUACUACAACAACAACAGAAGGUCCUACGACAACAACAACAGAAGGUCCUACUACAACAGAAGGUCCUACGACAACAACAACAGAAGGUCCUACUACAACAACAACAGAAGGUCCUACGACAACAGAAGGUCCUACUACAACAACAACAGUAGGUCCUACGACAACAGAAGGUCCUACUACAACAACAACAGAAGGACCUACGACAACAGAAGGUCCUACAACAACAGAAGGUCCUACAACAGAAGGUCCUACAACGACAACAACAGAAGGUCCUACUACAACAACAACAGAAGGUCCUACUACAACAACAACAGAAGGUCCUACGACAACAACAACAGAAGGUCCUACAACGACAACAACAGAAGGUCCUACUACAACAACAACAGAAGGUCCUACGACAACAGAAGGUCCUACUACAACAACAACAGAAGGUCCUACUACAACAACAACAGAAGGUCCUACCACAACAACAACAGAAGGUCCUACUACAACAACAACAGAAGGUCCUACGACAACAACAACAGAAGGUCCUACUACAACAACAACAGAAGGUCCUACUACAACAACAACAGAAGGUCCUACGACAACAACAACAGAAGGUCCUACUACAACAACAACAGAAGGUCCUACGACAACAGAAGGUCCUACUACAACAACAACAGUAGGUCCUACGACAACAGAAGGUCCUACUACAACAACAACAGAAGGUCCUACGACAACAGAAGGUCCUACUACAACAACAACAGAUGGUCCUACGACAACAGAAGGUCCUACUACAACAGCAACAGAAGGUCCUACUACAACAACAACAGAAGGUCCUACUACAACAACAACAGAAGGUCCUACUACAACAGCAACAGAAGGUCCUACUACAACAACAACAGAAGGUCCUACGACAACAACAACAGAAGGUCCUACGACAACAGAAGGUCCUACUACAACAACAACAGAAGGUCCUACUACAACAACAACAGAAGAAGGUCCUACUACAACAACAACAGAAGGUCCUACGACAACAACAACAGAAGGUCCUACUACAACAACAACAGAAGGUCCUACGACAACAGAAGGUCCUACUACAACAACAACAGAAGGUCCUACGACAACAGAAGGUCCUACUACGACAACAACAGAGGGUCCUACGACAACAGAAGGUCCUACUACAACAACAACAGAAGGUCCUACGACAACAGAAGGUCCUACUACAACAACAACAGAAGGUCCUACGACAACAACAACAGAAGGUCCUACUACAACAACAACAGAAGGUCCUACGACAACAACAACAGAAGGUCCUACGACAACAGAAGGUCCUACUACAACAACAACAGAAGGUCCUACGACAACAGAAGGUCCUACUACAACAACAACAGAAGGUCCUACGACAACAGAAGGUCCUACUACGACAACAACAGAGGGUCCUACGACAACAGAAGGUCCUACUACAACAACAACAGAAGGUCCUACGACAACAGAAGGUCCUACUACAACAACAACAGAAGGUCCUACGACAACAACAACAGAAGGUCCUACUACAACAACAACAGAAGGUCCUACGACAACAACAACAGAAGGUCCUACGACAACAGAAGGUCCUACUACAACAACAACAGAAGGUCCUACGACAACAGAAGGUCCUACUACAACAACAACAGAAGGUCCUACGACAACAGAAGGUCCUACUACAACAACAACAGAAGGUCCUACGACAACAACAACAGAAGGUCCUACGACAACAGAAGGUCCUACUACAACAACAACAGAAGGUCCUACGACAACAACAACAGAAGGUCCUACGACAACAACAGAAGGUCCUACAACGACAGCAGAAGGUCCUACGACAACCGAAGGUCCUACGACACCAGAAGGUCCUACGACAACAACAAUAUUGCCCCAGCUACUGUGUUUGGAUCUGUUGUGGUUGAUCUGGUCAUAAAAAAGAAGUAUCUUCCAAGCUAUGAUAAUCCUAGCUCGGAGGAAUACAAAACGUUUGUUAAAGAUUUCAUUACCAAGAUGGAAAAAUAUUAUAAAAAUGUGAACAACUUUGAAAAAGUAGUGGUGGUGAAAGUUAGCCAAGGCACUUCAAGACAACUGUUAUACAACUCAUUGGCAAAGAUAGAGUUUCCCACUGACUUGAACACUUACAAGACAGCCGAAAAAGAAGAAUUAAUAAAUGUUGAACAUGAAGUUGUCGUGUCAAUUCCAAACGACAGCAAGUUUUCUGAGGUUUUUGAAGACAGCUUUAAAAAGGUUGAGGACGCAGUUACUAAGCUUGUCAACUGUACAGAUUGCCCUUAUGUUGCUGACUCUGCAACUGCAGAACGUGCUCCCAUAGAUUAUUCUGAUAUCUGUCUAGGUGCUAUGGAUAAAGACAUUGCUGAGUUCUUUACUCCGAAGAAUAUAAGUGGAACAAUUAAGUGCAUUUCAGAAUGUAGCAAUGAACAUGACAACCAUAAAACUUGCUCUAACAAUGGAAGGUGUGCCAUAUCCAAGGGCUUUGGAGCAUAUUGCAGGUGUAACAAUAUUGGCAACACGUGGUAUUUGGGCCAGGACUGUGGUAUGCCCAUACAGAAAACUCCUUUUUAUAUAGGGCUUAGCAUCACUCUUGCUUGCCUGUUCGUAUCGGUGGUAUCUCUGACCGUCUAUGUUGCAAUCAGCAGAAAAAAGCAAGCUCGUCGGAAGGACACUAAGAAGAAACUUGUGAAUGAGUGGAUAAAUGACGACUUUGAGUGGACAAAGCCAAAUGGGAUAAAUGGAUCAUCUGGUUACAAAAACCCCUCCUUCACUGGAGCAGGCCACCAGAUCUCAAUGUACCAUCCUGAGAAACCAGCUCAUGUGAACGGACACGCCAGAGCAUCCCAGAACAUCCAGAACUGGCUCUCCAAUGGCCCCGCCUCCCAUGGCCCCGCCUCCCAUGGUGCACGCGCCACAAGCAUCAACACUCAACACUUUGACCUUGGUUCGCCUAUGAGAGUCGGAAGGCCCCAAAUUAAGCGCUGA